UCCGGGCCCCUUGGUUUCCGUUAUUCCUGUGGAGUCUUAUCAUUUCCUAUUUUUCUUUACGCGCAUGCACGAAGACGGUGUCUUCUUUGGCGUCGAUUUUGGUUGACACGCAUAUCAUUCUAUUUUUUUGUUCUUGCUUUUAUUUUUUUGACCAAGAGGACAGGCGCGCGCAUCCCGGAGAUCGUGAAGUCUGUCGUGCAUUGUGGGUACUUUUCAACUACAUUGGCGCAGAACGAACGCGCCGGCAAGUUAACCCACGGCGCGAGUGAUUCUCGCUUCAUACGUUGCUGAGACCCAAGUUUUAAUAGCUCGACUCUCUGCGGCUCUCUCGAGGAGCGAAGGCACCAUUUCUUUCACCGAGAGUUCAGAUGUAAAUACCCAAAUUCCAGGCCGGGCAAACCCGCUCGAAGUCGCCUAAGAAGGCCUUCUCUUCAAAACAUAUAGCAUUUUCAUGUAACGAUAUUCACAUUAAUAAACAGUCACUGUAGCAUACGCCAAACAAUGUGAAGGCGACAGCCUGCCCGCACAAGAGACCUUCAUAAAAUUACUUGGUAUUCACAUUCGGAUCCUUUCUUACAUCUUACUGUUUUCUCCCACCACAGGUCGUGGGUUCGAGUGGCUUCAUUAACUCUAUAUUAACAGUGCCCUAGUUAACCUCUCCUUAGUACGAAGCGUCGUGGGUUCGACUUUCACAUGAGCUCGAGGGUACGACUGCCACAGUGGGAAAUGGAUUCGAGUGCCUAAACCAAUUCUAUCACAUUUAAUAUUGCAUUUCUUUUGUACGAUGAGUGGCAUCAGAGCCAGCUGUGGAAGAAGCCGACGACGAAGGCGAGAGCACGCGUCAGUGUGAGACGAGCUCACAUGACUUUCUGUACCGCACUCCGUGAUUUCCAGAUCACCGGGGGUAUUAGCCACUUAAGGCUUUCACCUUACGAAGGCAUGCGCAGCAGCUCAACGUAGUACAAGAAAACUUGCUUUUUUUUUCUUUCCUAUCUAGCGACAUUCAUAUAGAUGUAGCAGGAAAAGACUGCACCGGCACAAUUCCGGAUAGAGAAAUCGGUCAUAUCCUGCCUCUAAGGCGACGUGUUUAGACUUAUAAAGCGAAGCAGGUACGUUGGUUGGAAUUUUCUGUGUCACCGCCAUCGUUAUCAGCUAAAAAAAAAAAAAAAAAAACCCGAUCAAGCAGGUACGUUGGUUGGAAUUUUCUGCGUCAUCGCCAUCGUUAUCAGCAAAAAAAAAAAAAGAAAACCGAUCGCCGUCACGAUUCACCAGUCGAGAGGAUCGAGUGGCUCAAAAACCUUACAAUAGAAAAGCUGCAGCAAUUCUUCUGUUAUCUGUGAAACCACACAGUAAAACAAUCAUCGGUACUUCAGCACAGACUCAUUUUCCGGGUUUGUGGUUCGGUGCGCCUGCUUGUUCUGUCUCUGACAUGUAAACUGAACUAUCUGCAAAAUCGGCCCAACCACGUACGCGCCAACCCUUCGGAAGCAGCAAACCUUUAUGGAAUUUGGAGUGUCCUGUUACACCAAUCGAGAGUACAACCACAGUUAAUCUCGCGUGCACUGGGCUAACAUUGUCCAAGAAUAUUGAUAAAAUGGUUACGGCGGAACCUGUCGGUGCUUCCUAUAGUGAUCACAAUGCAGAAAAAUAAUGUUCUUCAAUCAAACUAUUCUAAACAUUGUAAGCCUGAAUGUGCGUGUUUCAUUUUGUGAUGCCAUUUGUCAUGAUGUUAACAGCUCACUGACCAAUCGCCUUCACAGGGAUGAGUGUCUGAAAAUUCUCUUUCCCGCAGAGCUGGUGGCGGUGAGGGAAAGGGUGGUUCGAAGGUGCCGUACAUGGUAAUCGCACUUGUGCUACUCCUCCUCCUCAUCGGAUUGAUCUAUUUUAUUGGUUUUUCUGGAAGUUCACAUGUGGAGCCGACCGGUGGGGAGGCAGAAGGCAGCAGCGGUGGUGGUGGCGGUGACUCCGGAGGCAACUCGGGUGUUGACCCCCCCGCGUAUCACGCACGGCCUCCGACCACGAAAGCGGCGUCAACAGGCACUAAAACUGACCCUGGCGUAGCGAGCACAACAUCAUCAAAACCAGGAACAACCGAACCAUCCCCAACAACGCCGUCACAACCACCACCUCCUCCAACUACUGCACGUCCUCAGUUAAAAAUGACCAUGUUGUCUUGCACGGUCGGGCAGCAAGCCGUGAUCAUAGAUAUGCUGCCCCCCGAUGGAUUAUGCCACAACAUAUUCUACACGGACGUCUUCUUCAACGACAAGAACAACAAGAUAGAGCCAAUGUACAGCGACACCGCCUUCAAGGUGGUCCGGUCCGCCGCAGCGACCUACUCGAAGACAACGUUCGGACUUUCGAUGUAUCCGGGGACGAUCGGUGAAUUCGCACGCAGCAAACGGAAGGAUAUUGAGAGCGCCAUGACCACGCUCUUCAAUGAAAAGUUCGUCAACUUCGGCAUGCUGAACGUGGAUAAUAUAGAGGACUACGACACGCUCAAAGAUGGCCCACUCCAGUACUUGAACAUUGCGGGAGACUUCCUAACUGUACCUGGCCACCACUGCGUCUUGGGAAUAGGGCUCUCGAAUGGAAAACUAGGUGAACUGAUCCUGGACAAAGCCAAAUUAGCCGCCAUAGAUUUCCCAAUAACGGUUAUUGUUAUCAAAGUACACACGGAAAGAGCCGGAAACCUUGGUCGGCUGUACCCUGUUGCACCGAACCCCGACCGUGUGGACAUGAGCAAUUACCUCACGCUGUCACUGCCGUUACUGGGCAAGAAGGCACAGCAGCGUAUGGAAGAACUGACCGACGUCGACAAGCGCUUCGCCCUGCUAUCGUUCGCCAUGUUCGCACGGACGUACCAUUUGCCGAAGAGGUGGACUGAUGCCCGCAAUAGAAGCACCCCCGCUGAAAAAGGCAUCAUCAUGGAUUACCGGAUGGUAUGCGGGUACAGCAACAUUGCCAAGGACCCCGUGGACUCGGGCUCCUCUUAUGUGGCGAACACGACGACCAAGUUUCUGGCAAUGUUCGACACCACCCAGAAUGUGAAAGACAAGAUCGCCUCUCGGAAGCAAUACGCCAUUCCAGCCCAAUACGGAGGCAUAAUGGCUUAUCGAGUGGACAUGGACGAUUACGUCGGCAGCUGUGGCGAGGGAGUUUUCCCUCGACUGAAAGCCCUAAGAAGCGAGCUGCUGAAGUGAGGCAGUAUUUUCGUUCGCUCACCAGGGUGGCAGCUCCAAGUUGUCGGUCACCACUCGAGCUCGCUUUGUUGCUGGCCAAGACGAGAAGCCCACGCCUGAAGUCUCAGGACGUCGCGAGGCAACCAAAAUAAGCAUUUCGGUUUGUCUGCUUGUUUCUUGCUCUUUCUUCUUCAACGUACAUAAGUAUGGUCUUUUUCGCUGUACUUCCGCUGCUACUUUUGCAAGUUCUUUCCUGAAAGUGUAGAAUUGUGAGAAGAAAAAGAAAGUUUCGGUAAAACCCAGAAGUCUGUGCGACAUGAGAAGGAAAUAAACACGACUCAACAGUGAUUGACAUCGAAGAAACAAAGUUUCGCCGGACGCAUUAGUGCGGCAUCCUGUU